CGCAGUUACAGUGGUUACUCUGAGCUGCUAGAGACGCAGAUCUAAAGCAGAUCUAAAGCAGAUUUAAAGCGGAACUGAAGAGGAAUUACAAUCAUACAACUUCUUCUACGCACUUAUUUACUGAAGGCAUUAAAGGGAAUUAAAGGAUCAAAUUUUACUCACUAUGGGAGUUCGUGGACUUCACGGCUACAUCGAGAGCAACAGUGAUUUUCUGAAGACCAGCUUCUUUAGAGAAAGCAAACUCGUCAUCGAUGGAUGCAACUUGUAUUACCUUCUUUACUUCAAGUCUCACCUGGACCAAGCACACGGCGGGGAUUACGAAGACUUUGAGAAAAUAGUUACACUGUUUUUUAAAAAUCUCAGACUCUGUGAUAUUGAGCCCUACGUGGUGCUCGAUGGGGGGACCGACGUCAGUGACAAAAAAUUUGACACCCUGAAGACUAGACGCCAAGACAAAAUCACAAAAGCCGAUGCCUUGUCCAGGGGCCAUUCAGGAGACGUUUUACCCAUUCUCACCACAAAUGUGUUCAAGCAGAUCCUCCAGAAACUCGGGAUUCCCUUUAUUCAGUGUCUGGCAGAAGCGGACUGGGAAGCAGCCGCAUUGGCCAACGAGUGGGCGUGUCCUGUUCUGUCCAACGACAGCGAUUUCUACAUCUUCGGCAACCGGGGCGGAUUUUUGCCCCUCAAUCAUUUCCAGUGGACGGAAGUGAGACUGAUGAGAAAGGGUAAAAAAAAAUUCAUCCCUGCCAAGUCAUACCAUGUUCGAAAUGUGUGUACUGCUUUUAAUAGCAUGAAUAAAUAUAAUCUUCAACUUUUUGCCACCAUCCUGGGCAAUGACUACACCAAACUGGACAAGAGUGCGUUUCCAAACUUCUCAAAGUUCUCAACCAGACCUGGAGGAAUCGCCCAGAUCGAUGGCUUACUCGUGUGGUUAUCACGCUUCCCCAACCCAAAGGAAGCCAUCGCUGGUCUCCUGAGCCCCCUGGGGAAGAACAUCAAAUCAGCCAGCAUUCGAAAAUCAAUAUAUCAGGGAAUGGCAGAGUACAGACUCAAUCCCAGCUCCAUUGCCCAGUUCUUCAUAAGCGGAGAACCUCAGAUCAAGCUUCCAGGCCCUUUACAGAACCUGCCGGACUGGAGUCUGAAACCUCUGGCAGAAGGUAAGCUGGCUUCCUCAGUCAUUGACGUCCUGACACUGCAGAGGCUCAUGAUGAACAUCCAGGUGGAGGAUUUUGGACUGAGCAGCAGCAGCGAGACGUCUCGGCCGAUACGACAGGUGAUGUACGGCGUACUGCUGUGUACCAGGUGGAAGAAAGUCGGUAAACGCAGCACGUCUUCUGGAGAGAACCAGCAAUACUACGUGGAGGAAUACGACAGGCAGGAAAUAACGCUGAGCAGCACCAUGGUUCCAGCUGUUCUACUGACACGUGUAGUAACACACCUUCACCUGGACUCGCUGUGGGAGGCACCUGAGAAUGUACGCCUGCAGGUCCUGUUGGAUGCCCUGUGUGUGUCUCCGGUGUUUAAUUCUCGCAUCAUCCCCGAAAAUCUGCAGCUAGCCGUGUAUGUCACAGGUUUCUGGCUAAAUCAUGCGCAACCCGAACCAACAGCGGAAAUGUUCUGGGCUUUACUCAUCGGCCUGGUCUACGGACACCUGUGCAGAGAACAUCGGACUGUGAUCGGUAAAGAUCAGACUGAGAUACUUAAGGAUCAAACUGAGAUAGAGGCAGACACGGUGAUUUCGAGGUUUAAAAAGCUGCAGGAACGUACAGGUCAGAAGUUUUUGGACCUGGAGCUGGCUCACGCUUACUGUCAGUGGCAGUCCUGUCUGAAGGACAGCUUCAAUCUGAACCAGCUACUGAAUCAUCCCGUCCCUGAGCCGGAGUUAGCAUGGUUGUACAGAGGCUCUCUGGUGCACACCGUCGCUCAGGAGUUGAUGAAGGGCGUCGAACCAGAGUCUCUUCUCACCGGAGCCUCUAUCUCCGUGGAUCUUUACCGAAAUCUCCAGGCCGCGGUGGAGCGCGAGCUGGACGACGACUUCAUCGUGAGAAUGAGGACGAGGGCGGGGCCGAGAGCGCGAAGGGUGUGGAACGAUCCAGCGGACGAGAUGAGCAAAAUGUUCAAACAUCUGAUGGCUGAUGAAGACGACGAUGAUGACGGUGACAAUAUUUUCGAGGAAACCUGCAGCGUUCGCACCAGACACGUAAGCCGAGCUCGCACGGAGGAUCCGAGAGCCAAGAAAUACGAGCUUGUGAAGUGGUGUUAGAUACGACUGAAUCAGGACAACGCUGCAGUCAGACACUAUGAUCAGAGUCGCCAUAAUCCUUCACGUGUUUUUAAAAAAAAAUGGAAAAUAGGAAAUUAUUCCCAGGAUAUCGCUUUUAUUUAGAUUCUAAUGAACUGUGUGUUUUAAUUGUGGCGCAUCGCAUGAAUUGUACCAGACUUGUGUUUACUCCUUAAGGGGAUUUGCUCUGACUCGGGUCUGAGCAUGACACAUCAGCAUGUGUGUGUGAAGUGUUUUCAAGAUUUAUCAGCAAUAUUUACGGAGCCACAGGAGCCUCAUGAUAAAAUAAGCACUAAACAACUAACACACAAAUCACACAUCGUAGUCCGUCUGUAUUCAUGAACCAGCAGAGUUUCUCCAGUUAUAUUUCUACUACACAGAAAUAUCAAGCUCUAUUCUAAUCCUUUCACUUUUAGUGUAUGUAGAAGAACCAGAGCUGUCACAAAUACCAAAGCAAGAGGCUUUUGUAAGACUAAUCCCAAAUCUGACCAGACCUGAGCCGAAUAUUAGUCAUAAUUAAUCCCUUUUCUUUUUCACUAGAAUUCUUUUUUCUCCACUUAUAAAGUGUUCAAACAAACAAAAACCCAGACAAUUAUUACUGUAUUAUUAUUAUUUGUAUUGUAUGAUAAUAUUUUUUGUUGUUUAAAUAAUAUUAGAACAGAUAUCUACAUUAACAACCCCCAAAACCCAUUCACAUGACAAGUAAUGUAAAUAUUUAUUAUUACUGUAAUAUUAUUUCAUAUUUUAUUAUCGUAAACGAUUAGGGUUCGCACUGCUGUAUUGUUCCGCGUUCAUGUUCUGAUAAUGACGGCUGUUUACGAUAACGUUAAUACUUUACGUCAGUGUGAAUAAAGAGUAAGUCAUUUUAACAAAUGAAUAGAGCAAGUUAAUAAGUAUUAAUUGGCGUUUAUUUUUAAAUGUCAAUGAAACACAGUGCAGGAUGCGUUCAUGUUUAUUCAAUCCCUGAUUAAAAUACGUCAAUGACUGUUACACAGCACUGACACUGGAGACUCCUUCCCUACAUGUUAAUUAAAUAAAUAUCUCCUUACAGCAAACUUCACCAUACACACUUUCUUUUCAUUAAAUAAUUAAAUUAAUAUAAAGCUAUGAUUUUAAUUACUUCAGGCCUUCACUACUGUCAGAGCUUCUGGUGUAGAAAAUUACUCAACACCUUCUGACCAAUCGGAUUAGAGAACUGAACGUGGGUGAGGUAUGAGGUUAAUUUAGUUUAUUCCGCAUGUUUGAUGUGUUGUUUUAAGAAACAUCAGUUAAUACAAGUGUUAGAUAUUUUUCUGGUGAUGUACUAACACUGGAGUUACUAAUAUCAGUUAAAUGAACGUUAAUGUAAAGCGUUAUUAUGAUCAUUAUCUCUCUGAAGACAGUGUGGGGAUCACACACAUGUGUCAGGAACAGAAAUAGAAAUGAUUAGGAAUGAAGAUUAUGUUGAAAUGAGAUUAUUUGAGUGUGUUGUAGAGUUUAAUCUAUCAUGCUGUGGUGUUUCGGUGUUUUCUGUCUUUUUUUAACAGUAUAAAAUAACUGUAUAUAUAUUUUACUGUAAAGAUCAAUUUCAUAAUGAAUUCAUUGUAAAAACAAAAAGCAAUAGAUUGUCAAAUGUAAAAAAAUAUUUAAAUAAAAUCUGUCGCUAUA